UCUCACAACAAAUAACCUCAAUUUCAUUAAAUAAACACAACCGUUCUCUCUCUCUCUCUCUCUCUCUCUCUCAAAUUUCACUUCUCUUCCAUAUCCUUUGAGUUUUACUCCUAUCUUUUAUCUUAUCUCUCUCACACUAACUUCCAACAAACUUUCCAAUUUCAACAAAAUAGUCUCCAAAUGAAACUAUUUUAAAGCUUUCAUUUCUUUGCAAGUGUACCGUACAGCGCAUCUCACCGGAUCUCGCCCCAUUUUUAUUUUUUCUUAAGUUUCUAUCUACUGAGUCAGUAUGAGUCAACUCGGUUUCAUAUUACACGAAUCGCUCCGUCCUCAGAGAGAACCAAGAACCUUACUCGGUUUAUUAACAGAACAAAUGGACGGUGCAGAUUCAUCAACAACGAGGCGACGUAGUCUGAAAGAGCGGUUCAGAUUCACCGGUAUCGGUGGUUGCUGUGGCGCCACCUGGGUUUUCCGUCCAAUUAUCCGACACGAACAUCACCACAACCAACAACAACAACAGCAACAACAGCGGCAAGAGGAAGCAAGAGAAGGAGAAGCUAAUGUGGAGCAACAAGAACUUCAGGUCCAAGAUCCGAAUCCGGAUCCGUCUAGUUCUUCUGGGAUGAAUCUUGCGGCGGCAUUGGCGGCGGAGCGACAGAUGAGGGGAACGGAGGAAACUAGCGGCGGAGAAAGAGCGACGCCGUGGAGAGUUUCGUUGAUGAAACUGUUGGAAGAAACGGAAGUGGAAAGUGAGAGUACUACGACGACGACGGUUAUGGAGGGGAGUGAUUCGGUGUGCUGCGUGUGCAUGGGAAGGAAGAAAGGUGCAGCGUUCAUACCGUGUGGACACACUUUUUGUAGAGUGUGUUCAAGGGAACUGUGGUUGAAUCGAGGGAACUGUCCCCUUUGUAAUCGUUCUAUUCUCGAGAUUCUCGAUAUUUUCUGAAACUCAUUAUUACUACCCAUUUUCCUCAUUAUUUUCCUCAUUCUCUAUUUUUUUAAGAUAAAAAGUUCUCAUGAGUAUUUCAUUUAAGGUAAUAAUAGUCCAUGAUUGUUUUCAUUCUGAAAAUUUACUAUAUUUUGAAAUUUGUGAUUUGUGAUUAGAAUUAGUUUAUACGAUUGUGGCAGAUUUGCAUAUACUUUCGAUUGGAGAGGUGUGAGUUUAGAUUCGAACUCGUGAUAUCGAACAUUCAACUAUGUGCACACAAAUUCACAACAUUUCAUUUAUUCACGUGGUUUAAAUAUGUCACAUCUCACUUAUUCAUCUUUAAAUUAUGGAAUUUUA